AUGUCUCACCACCAUAACAGACAAUUGACCAAGGCUCACCCAAGAAGCAACAACACUUGGUUGAACACCUUCUUUGAUGAUCCAUUCUUUACUGCCUUCGAUAGAACUGACGAUCGAUUGGUAUCUGUUUUCAGACCUACCACUGACGUUUCCGAGACUGACCGUGAAGUGAAAAUCGUUUGUAAUGUACCUGGAAUGACCAAGGAAAACAUUAAGAUUGAUGUCGACGAGGAACAUAGAACUCUAACAGUCUCUGGUGAAAUGAAGAAAGAAUCAAGAGAAGAAAACGAGACUUAUCACUGUGUUGAGAGAUCACACGGUUCAUUCUCAAGAACUGUUUACUUGCCAUCCAAUGCUGAUCUUGACGCAAUUAAGGCCAAUCUUGAACAUGGAGUCUUGAGAGUGAGCGUUCCAAAAAUUGUUGAAGAGCCAAAAAAGAAGACCAGAUCUGUAAAUAUUGAAUAA